CAGACAGACAGACAGAGAGAUAGAUAGAUAGAUAGAUAGAUAGAUAGGCAGACAACCAGAUAGCAUAACGUUAGCAUAGAUAGCUAGCAGCUAGACAGAUAAAUAGAUAGAAAUAUAUAGUAGGUAGAUUGACAAUGGUGAACUACUGUGUUUGUGCUGGGUGUAAAAACUCCACCCAAACAGGACACAGGGUCCAUGGCUUCCCCAUGAAGGACAAGGCAACCCUCAGACAGUGGGUACAAUUUGUCCGUGUUAGGUGGGCAAAUUUUUCAAUGACCUCCAUCACCACAAACUCGAAGAUCUGUAGCACGCAUUUCAGGGAGGAGGAUUACGACCCAGGGGAUAUCAGGAUGGUUUCUCUUGGGCUGAAGAGGCUGAGCUAUGUACAGCUUAUUCCGACCACUGUGCCGUCUGUGCACACGCACCUCUCUGCCUGCCCUGCCCCAAGACCGAGAAGCACUAACAUCGGUGCCACCCGCCGCAAGCGAGAGCUGGCUAAGAUGUUGACAGAUGCCUCGAUGCAGGAGACCGCGGACAGUGUCGGUGCUAUGAUAGAUGACCCCUUGCCCUCCUCCUCCACUUGUGACACAGUGACACAAUGUAAUUUGAAGCCCCCUGGAAUGUCUCACGCUGUGCAGGUGAACCUAAAGCCCAAGAUGGUCAGUGUGGGGACUCAAAUGACUUUCAGGAUGCAAACUUCCACCCCCCUCACUAGUCCUGAACAAACUGAUGAAGAAGAGGAUCCCUCUGUCAUCAUCAGUGACCUGAAAUAUUUCAGUUGGUGUGCAAUGAAUCUAAAAUAUAUGAAAGUUUAAUUUUUAUCAUUACAUUAUGGAAAAUAAUGAACUU